AAUCUAUGAACAAGACAAUCACUCAAAAGAUAUUCAAAGCCUAAAAGAAAAGCAAAGCCUCAAUCACUCCCACAUUAUAAAAAGGGAAAAAGGGCAUAUACCCCCGAACUAUCGAUGGUACUACUAUAUCCUUCCUUAAACUUUUAAUACAAUAACACCCCUGCCAUUCAAAGAGUGGUGCAAUUAUACCCUUCUCUCUAAAGGACGGACAAGUGGGGACACGUGUUCUCAUCUUGUCCAAUGACCCGUUCCCAAUUUUAAAAAAUCCACACUCAACAAAAGCACCUGUUUAAAAAAAAAAACAGAUAGACCCAAACCCCACUUCACUCUUCAAUUCUCUCUUCAAGAGAAUAAUGUCCAAAAGGCACAAACCCAGUACAAUUUCCACCAAACCCAUCAAGAAAAUCUUCCAGAUACACAAACCCAGUACCUAUUUCAGCACACCCAACAACAAAAACUCAGAAAUAUGGAACCGGAUUUCCACUUCGAAGAAAGCCUUCCAGAUAAAUCGAAAUCGACACAGUACUUUUUCCAGCAAACUCAUGAACAGAAACUUAAAGAUAUGGAGACCCAUUUCGAUUUUCAGCAAAUCGAAGAAGAAAAUGAAGAUGAUGAAGAAGAGGAAGGUGAGAUGACAAGCUUGGAUGAAGUGUACAGUCAGUUAAGGGAACGACACGUGAGCAGGAGCAGAUCAGAUACGAAGCUAGUGUCCAGUGAAGCUCCGGUGAAGUUGCCAACGAAGAUGAAGAAAUCAGCUAGUAUGAAAUCGCCAUUUGCGCAUUUUGAGGAAGAAGCCAUUGUGGAAGCUUGACAGCCGGCAACUACAAGGGAGAAGAAUGCUAAAACAAGCGAUGAAGACAAUGAAGUCGAUGUGAAAGCCGAUGAUUUCAUUAACAAGUUCAAGCAACAGUUGAAGUUCUUAAGAGAGAAUUGAAGAGUGAAGUGGGGGGUCUAUUGGGGCGGGUUUUUUUUAAAACAGGUUCGUUUGUUGUGUGUGGUUUUUUUAAAUUGGGAACCGAUCACUGGACAAGAUGAGGACACGUGUCCCCACUUGUCCGUCCGUUAGAUAGAAGGGUAUUAUUGCACCACUUUUUGGAUGGCAAGGGUGUUAUUGUACCAAAAAUAUAACAGAGGGAUAUUAGUACCAUUUUCGAUAGUUCGGGGGUAUAUAUGUCCUUUUUCCCUUAUAAAAAUAAGUAGCUUAUGGGCAAGCAUUUAACCAAAACAAGACCACUUAAUCAUUAGCAGUAAUG